AAGAAAAAGAAAAAGAAAAUAUAAGAAAAAGAGAAAGAAAAAAUGGAGAGAAUCUGGGAAUCUUUCUGGGUACAUUAAUUUGAUGGAAGUGGGGAAGCUUCUUCUUUAUGGGGGGGUACUUUCGGCAUUUGUCGGUUAUGAUCUGCAGCCGACUUUUUGGCAUUUGUCGGCGUAUUAAACUUUUUAUAUUUUAUGUUUUUCUGGGUUCACCUUUGAAUCUGAAAACAACGUGGGCGGAUCAGUUGGAAAUAUUCAACUUUCGGUCUUUUGUUUUUGUCUUCAAUUUGAGGACGGGUCAGUUUGAUUGGACCAUCAUCGCUGAAUCAUUCGUUGCUCUUGUUGUUGGCCAUCUCACAUGAACAGUGUUGAUAUUUUCCAUUGAUGGUUUUAGGAAGACUGGACACUAUUCUGUUUCGGGCAGUCGAUUUCUUGCUGUGAACUUACUCUACUAAUCUUGCCAGGGCAUGGCUACAAUGGGGAUUUCACCUGUUAAAUCUCAGAAUGUUUCCCAGGGUUUUACAACAGUCUUGACAUCAGCUUUUUUUGAAUGGUUGCUUAUGUUUAUGUUGUUCAUUGAUGGCAUAUUCUCAUACUUGGUCACUAAAUUUGCCCGUAGUUGUGAAUUGCAAGCACCAUGCCUGCUAUGCUCGAGACUUGAUCGUGUUCUAGGCAAGGAAAAACUUGGCUUUUAUUGGGAUUUGAUUUGCCAUAAUCAUAAGUUGGAGAUCUCCUCUUUAGUUCUUUGUUAUACUCAUAAAAAGCUAGUCAAUGGUCGUGGAAUGUGUGAAAAUUGCCUCUUCUCAUUUGCCACAAUAAAUAAAUAUAAUGCUGAGACAUACAGAUUAUUGGUGGGUAAAUUGGGAGAGGACACUAACUCGGUUCUUGAUCAUGACCCAAUACUUGAGGAGUAUAAGCCUUCUUCUUCAAGCACAAGGCAUUGUUCUUGUUGCAGCAAGCCAUACAUUCCUAGUGAGUCUGACAAAAGAUUGUUUCAGACCAAAUCAAUUGAGUCUGAGGCUGCUGAGCUUGACCUGUCUUUAUCAGGUGCUGUUGAACAUAGUCAUGAAGGUCUGAAAAAGAAACAAUACAUACCGUCUGGAUCAGUUGGAGCUCCUCAACUGGGAAGUAAGCGCCUUGAUCCUUUAUCUCAUAUAGGAUAUACAGAACUCAAGAUUACUUCUGAUUCUGAAUCUGAGAUCCUACUUUCUGAUGAUGAUGAUGCAAAUACCAUACCAUGUGAAACCAAUCAACCCAAGGAAGAUGUCACAGUUCAUUCUUUAUUACCAGAGCCACGUGUUAUUACCCUUGCUGAUGAUUUGGCCACUGAGAAACUGAUAAUUCCAGCUUUUGUAUCUGAGCCUUCAGAUGCAAUGCCACAGGUGCGAUCAAAUGCUAUCAAGCUCAAUGGGACUGCUUCUGAAGCACCUACUGCUGCUAUUGGGCAUGGCUUGGAGGAGCUUGAUUGGCAGAAGCUUGAACACAAAGUUGAUCCUUCUGUAUUACCAGCGCUUACUCACACGGAUGAUACUCCUGCAUCAUUCAAUUCCGUAGAAACCCCUGUUGAAUUAUCAAAACAAGUCUUAGAUGAUGCCGAAGCUAGUGAAGUUCCACAAACAUCUGUGGCUGAAAAAGGGGAAAUCUCUAAGACAGGAAGUGGGCCAAUUACAGGUGGUGUAAUAGGUUCAGAAAUUAAUCCCAUGUUAGUUGAUACUGUUCAUCAAAUGCCCAAUUCUUUGGAUCUUGGUGAUGCUUAUAGGCUAGCUGUAAGUAAUAGAGGAAGACAAUCAUCUGGUAUUCUUGCAGACCAGCGCACUGGGAAAGAUUCUGCAAAAGUUAGUGGAGAGUUCAAGGUCUUGCUAUCACAAAUGUCUGCCACUCGAGGGUUUGAGUUACCACUAAAUGAUAUAAGUCCUAGAGUAUCUGGAAAUGUUGAUGACUUGAAAACCUUUGAUUCUUCUACCCCUACUGGAUUGCAUAUACUUCAAAAGAGGAUCUCACUUGAAAGAAACGAAUCUGGCUUAUCUUUGGAUGGAAGCAUUGUCAGUGAAAUAGAAGGUGAAAGCAUGGUUGAUCGGUUAAAGCGUCAAGUUGAGCAUGACAGGAAAACCAUCAUUGCUUUGUAUAAGGAGUUGGAUGAAGAAAGAAAUGCUUCUGCAAUUUCUGCAAAUCAGGCAAUGGCCAUGAUUACCAGACUCCAGGAGGAGAAGGCAGCGCUCCAUAUGGAAGCAUUGCAAUACUUAAGAAUGAUGGAAGAGCAGUCUGAGUAUGACAUGGAAGCACUGCAAAAGACAAAUGACCUUCUUACGGAAAAGGAGAAAGAGAUGCAAGAUCUAGAAGCUGAGCUUGAAUUUUAUAGGAAGAAAUUCCCAGAUGAAACAAUGUUGGAGAAUACAUUGCAGCCAACUUGUGAUCCAAAAAUAGAAGACGUUAGAAUGGAGCAUUCAGAUGCAAGCUGUGUUGGAAAUGAUGUUGAUGUUCCUAGCAAUGUGGUUAUGGUGAAACCUAAAAUCUGUGAUAAUGUUGAAAGAAAAGAAAUGUCCUUUAAUGAUAAACAUAUGAGUAUUAUGAAGAAUUCAUUGUUAGAGAUUGAAGAGGAAAGGUUAUACAUUUCAGAGUGUUUGAAGAUAUUGGAGGUGAAGCUUCGUCUCUUCUCUAAUGAUGGGGCAUGCUCAAACUUGGCUAAUGGUGAAUAUUCUGGAAAUGGAGUAAGUGACUCAAAAGAGCUCAACCAUAAAGAGGGGUCUCAAGAAGAUGGUGGAAUGGAAGAGACUGAUUUGCCUGUGCAAAACGACAUUUCUGUAUCUAGAGGAAGUCCACAUGCUGGAGGAAGUUUUGCCUUGUCACAGAAUUCUCAGUUUGUUGGCAAGGAAUCAGGCCAAAGCUCCUCCAUAUUUUGUAGAGAGAAUGAUCUAAUUGCUCUUGGAAAUGAGAUUUCUCAUCUAAAUGAUCGGUUGGAAUCACUCGAGGCAGACCGUGAUUUUCUUGAGCACUCCGUCAACUCGCUCAGAAAUGGAGAUGAGGGACUUCAAUUCAUUCAACAGAUAGCUUCUGAUCUGCAAGAAUUGCGGAAAAUUGGGAUACGAAGAAGAAAUCAAACUGUUUCUUGAGGCUUUAUGCCAUACCCUGCAAAGAUGCCAUGGGAAAAGACGUGUUGAUACUCCAAAGAGCCAGGCAGCUACCAUCAGUCAAUACCUUGGUACAAAACUGGCAUAACCUCUGUACAGUAUCGUGAGCUUGUUUCUCCCAAGACAUAGAAUAGCUUAGAUUUGACGCCGUAUGAUGUUUGGUUUGUUUCUUUUCCAAUCUCUCUUCUUUGGGCUUGCUUCAUUGCUUAGAAUAUUUUGGUUUGUAGCUUGAUAAUGGUAGCAGUUGGUGAGGCUUUGGUUUUUUUUUUCCUUUUUUGAGAAUGGAGAUGGGGCUUUUGUCUUUGCUUUUUUUCUGGUUUUGGAUUGCAGGAGUGGAUGAGUGAUGCAUUUUUUUUUGAGGGUCCAAGGGGGGUUGAUUUUGUGUGUAAAGUGAAAACUAUACUAUUAUUUAAGAGGGUAGACUUCAAUUGGUCUGACCUGUUGCUGCUGACUCUAUUGUACAUUGAAACAGAUAAAUGAUUUUACUCUGGAUUGCUGAA